AAACCAAAUUGUAAAGUCAGAAAAAAAGAAAAAAAGAAACACACAUACAAAUCGAAAAGCUUUUCUUCAUCUCCCACGUUACAAUAAGCCCUAAGAACGAAUAAGGCAACUACAGAGAGAAAAGAUGAAUUCAACUACAACAAAAAACGUUUGUGGAGACAAAUGGUACCUUAACCUAGACAGGCCAGAAGAGGCAUUGAAGAUUCUUGUAUUCAUUGCCAUUUUCGUCGUCCGAACUCUCCUCCAUUAUCUCAUGAAGCCUCUAGGCCAACCUUACCUCACCACCGACUUUGCUAUAGGGCUAAUUCUAGGUAAUAUUCCAAGGUUUCGAGGGGCAUUCUCGGGGCCUUACUCUAUAACCCUCAACAACAUAAUAGAAUUUGGAAUGAUCUGCCAUAUGUUUGUCAUGGGUCUAGAGAUGAAUCCAAGCGUUCUUCUCAGACCACCAACCAAAGAUGCAUUCAUUGCCUACACAAGCAUGAUCACGACCUUUGUUCUCGCCUUUGUCACAACUCCUUUCCUCCACUAUACCAAAACUUCUCCUUACAUUUUCUCCCUCGCCCUCUCCCUCAUGGCCUCAAGCACCGGUUCUCCUAUCCUAACCCGCGUCAUCGCCAAUCUCAAAAUCAGAAAAUCCGAUCUUGGAAAACUUGCAUCAGCCGCAGGUGUCCAUACGGACAUGAUCUCUACCUUGCUUUACUGCUUCGGCUUCAUUUUCUUCCCUACGGAGAAACCUCUCGCUCGUCCUCUCCACAGAUUCUUCAGAGCCCUCCUCAUGUUUUGCCUCUUCCUCGCUCAGGUCACUUUCACUUCCAUUGUAUCCCCAAUCUUUCUUAAUUGGGUCAACAACGAGAACCCUGAAGGUAAACCACUCAAGGGGUCACACCUUGUUAUGUCCCUGGCAUUUGUCGUCUUGAUCUGCAGUUUCCCAACUUGGCCACCUGAAUCAAUGUACAACCCAAUUCUCAGUGCAUUCACGGCUGGUCUCUUCCUUCCAAACAAAGGAAGAAUGUCGAAAUGGAUCAUCAACAAAAUCAAUUACUUGCUCAGCACGGUCUUCUACCCUAUCUUCUUCUUCUGGGUUGGAUUCAUAAUCCACAUGAGAAACUUUGACAUUACUGACAAAAUGGCGUGGGUAAGAUUCUUUUCUCUUCUUGGCACUGUUAUAGCCGGAAAAGUCACCGGAACAGUCUUGUGUGGUUUACUACUCGGUUAUCAUGUCCCGGAAACCGCAUCCUUAGGACUGCUUUUGACCACUAAAGGCCAUUUUCAUGUCUACUUGGCAGCUUUAGCCAUUCGGACUAACAGGGUGAAAAGUACGACCGGUGCAUUGAUCAUAUUUAUCAUUGUCUUCACGGUGGUCUACUCCCCAUUCGUGGUCAUGGACAUCAUCAAACGCGCUAGAAAGCGGGUGCCUGUGCACAUCAUGGCGCUUCAAUGGCUCGAUCCAACAACUGAACUUCGGAUCUUGAUUGGUCUCCACGGUCCCCACAACAUUGGUUCUACGCUCAACGUUAUGGAGAUCUGCCAUGGUGGCCGUGAGCCGGGUUCCAUAUUCUAUGCGACUGACAUGGUGGAGUUGACUGAUGAGAUUGCAGCCACGCUGAAGAAGGGCGGAGGAGCCGGUCAGAGUAAUGAUUCAGUGACGGUAACGGAUAGGUCGGUGACGGAAAUGAGAGAGAGUAUAACGGCAGCUGUGAAUGGGUACGGAGAGCUCCGCAAUGGACAAGGUGUGACAGUGCGGCGGAUGCUGGCGUUGUCCACGUUUGUGACCAUGGCCCAUGACGUCUGCGGUUUGGCUGAUGAACUUAUGGUUUCCAUUAUAAUUCUACCGUUCCAUAAACGGCUGAAUCCUGAUGGUACUCUCGAUGCUGGUCAUGCUGGGUUCCGUCAUGUGAACCGCAAGAUUCUGAAGAACGCACCAUGUUCAGUAGGAAUUCUUGUGGAUAGGUCGUUCGGGCAAACAGAAGAGGCAUGGAGACCAGGAGCGUCCAUGGGCAUUGCUAUAAUAUUCAUAGGUGGCAGAGACGACCGAGAGGCACUAGCCUUCGCUGCACAAGUGGCUCGACAUCCUGCUGUGAAAUUAAAGGUUAUACGUUUCUUGGAAGACAAGAGCUCUCAAAACGCACAAAAACGAAGCAGCAUCCUGAACAGAGCGAGUGUGGUAGAUCAAGAGGAGGAAAUGAAGCUUGAUGAUGAAUGUUUUGCUGAGUUCUACGAAAGAUACAUAGCUGGAGGUGGAAGAGUGUCUUACAUGGAGAAGCAUCUCACCAACUCCUCUGAGACUUUCACAGCUCUUAAAUCACUAGAUGGAGAGUAUGGGCUGGUGAUUGUAGGAAGAGGAGGGGGAAGAGCGAGCAGUGGGUUAACCACCGGCCUCAACGACUGGCAGCAAUGUCCAGAGCUUGGUCCCAUAGGUGACGUUCUUUCAGGAUCAGAUUUCUCACACAACACAUCAAUGUUAAUUAUUCAGCAGCAGCGUACUCGGGGUCAGCUAGAAGGGCUUCAUGAUGACUUCACUAUACUGUGAAUAUCUGUACAAAUGCACUUUACUUAGUAGCUUGGGAAGAGUAGUAGCUUCACCAUCACAACUCUUAAAGAGACUUUGUACAAUAGUUCAAACAUUAAGCGGUUUAUGUAGAUAGAAUGGUAAAAAGAAGAGGUAAUCUAAGCAUUACUUCAUAGCAUCCUGAAAUGGUGUUGAAACAUAGAGUUAAAAGAAGUUACAGGCCGAUUUGUUUUUGAUUUAUACAAAGCAUAACUAGGGAAAAUUUCCCAAGCUC